AUGAGUUGUAAGAAAGACACCACUGAAUCUACAGACAGUGGAGAUUCCACAGAAAGUGGAGAAUAUGAAGAUGACUUUGAAAAGGACCUUGAAUGGCUAAUUAAUGAAGAGGAAAGAGGUAUCUCUUAUGACACUCAGAAUCAUGAAGAAAAUGAAGAGGAGGUUGAAACAAAUAUUACCAAAGAAGGAAGACAUUCUUCAAAGGAACCUCCAGAUCCUGAGGAUGCUCUGAAAGACGAGGGGCAGCAAAAUCAAGCAGAUUCUGUUUCUGGACAUCCUACUAAACGAUUAGAGCAAGUAUCUGAUACUGAGAGUGAAAACUCCUGUCAGGAAUCAAACCAGGAGGACUUGGAUGAGGAUGAUGAAGAAAUAAAGCGUUACAUCUUGGAGAAAAUUGAAGAAGCCAACAAACUUCUGUUGUCUCAGGAACCUUUGGAUGAAACCAAAGAGAAGAAACUAAAAUUCAAGGAUCAUCUAGUAGAUCUGGAAGUCCCUCCUUUGAGUGCUAUUGAAAUUGAUAAAAUUGAUCCUCACAGGGAAAUGGACAUUUCAGGUAGACUGUCUCAAUUCCACAUUUCUAAUGAACCAGGACGGAAAGAUACACCUUUUCCUAUUAACGGUUCUUUGGAUGAUGAACACAAGGAUGGCAAAAUUCUAGUAGAAAGAGAUGGGAAGUUUGAACUCCUUAGCAUACGUGACAUUGAGAGCCAGGGCGCCUUUCCUCCACUCAGUGUUUCUUUUAGUGACAUUGAAGCUCAAUGUAUUUCUCCUAAAACUUCCCACACUGCUGUUUUGGGUACUUUCUGUCUAACAAAAGAAGACUCCUUAGUACAGUCAUCUGGAACAUCUUGUUCUUCUUCUGGAGAAGGGAUUCUUUAUUUCCCUCAAUCACCCCCCAUUCGACCAAGCUCUGCCAUCAACAUUACAAGGAAUGUGGAAAGAGGGAAAAGCCCACGCAGGGUGCAGUCUGCAAAUGUGGGUGUAAGAAGUUCUACUUAUUGUCUGUCACCCAGGCAAAAAGAACUGCAAAAGCAAAUGGAACAAAGAAGAGAGAAAUUAAGGAAACAGGAAGAAGCACGGAGAAGAGAACAGGAAGAGCAGAAAAGGAGCGAAAAUGAGAUGGUCUUCAGAGCUUGGCUGGAGAAGAAAAAGGGACAAAUGCAAGAAGAGAGACGACUUCAGCGUGCAAAAGAGCUGGAAGAUUUGAAUAGUAGACAGGAUAACAGAAAUCCAGAUGAAGCUUUCAGGUUGUGGCUUAAAAAAAAGCAACGAGAACAGAUGAAAGAAAAACAGCUUGAAAAUCAGAAACAGCAGGAAGAGCACAUGUUCUUCCUUCCAAGAACUGCAGAAAAUGAUAAAGCUUAUAAACAAUGGCUAAGAAAGAAGAGGCGGGAGAAGCGAGCUGAAAUACUGGCUGCCAAAGAGCGAUCAAAACAGAUCCGGCAGGAAGCCCGAAGAGCAAAACAAAUAGAGAAUAUUCUGUGUUCCAUUUCUGAGCCCAAAACUCUUCGCUUCACUGACCAAUACAGCUGAGAUUUAGUCACCAGGUGCCUAGAAAUUUGUCACACAGACUACCUUGUAUAGCUUGAGUUGCUGUCUCCUGGAAGCAGCUUCUCCAGGGACAUGUUUCAUAAUCCUUCAAUAAUGGCUUAAUUUCAGUGAUUUUAUCCUGCCCCCUCAAAUUGUUUUGUAUCUGUGAGUGGCUUGGUUCUUAGUCCCACAAAAUAAAUGUCCAUAUGGCAAUUGCUGUGUAAAAUGUUUUAAAAUAACUUUUCUCAGACCACAAUAACUUCAAGUCAAGCAUCUUGUGGUACUAGUGCAGUUGACACAACACUUAACUGUCACACUACCAUUUAGUCAACGGCUGCUGCUAAAUUGUCCUAUGACCAUUCCAUGUAUUAUUUCUGUUCUAACAAGAACAAAAGCCAUGUAAUACCUUUUAUUAGGAGCAACCAGAAUGACACAAAACAGUGUGCAAUCUUUUGGCUUCUCCAGAACUUGUCAGGGAGUAGGGGACAGGGAGGCAUAUCCUCUGAGAGCCACUUUUUGUAUUUCCAGUGGGAGGAAUCCCCUUUUAAAGUUUUUUGCUCCCAGAAUGCCAGGUGUGCAUCUUGACAGCAACACUAUUUUAAAUCUGCAUACCUCCUCAGUAUUUUGCCAAGGAUAUUGGCGAAACAAAAUUUCAAAAGCAUGACCUCAGACACAGCUUCCCUCAGUUGGCUGAACUCAUGGAGAACUUGGAAGUUUGCAGUGUUUUGUUUCGUUUUCCUAUAACUUUUCCUGCUCUGUGCGGGAGGGAGUGAGGAUUACA